AUGCACACCGCGUUGUUCGUCCUUGCCUUGAUUGUGGAUCUUGCUGCGUGUGCCUUUGGCCUGGACAACUCGACCAACAACUCGACCACAGACACCAUCGCGGCGAGCGUCGAGACCGACCAGAGUGCGGUGGCCCAGUGGCAAGUCACGUUCGAAGACCACUUUGACCACUUGGACUUGACCAAGUGGCAAGUAUACCACGAAUGCUCGACCCACCACGACUGCAUCCACAACGACGAGAAGCAAGUGUACCUGCGCGAUCAAGUGUACGUCGACAACGGCCACCUCGUGCUGGAAGCGUCCAACGUGUCGCACUAUUCGCCCGCGUCCGGGGAGCGCCACUUUCGAUCGGCCAAGCUCGACACAGCAACGUCGUUUAGCCAGCGCUUUGGCAAGUUUGAAGCGCGCAUCCGACUGCCCCGUGGAGCGGGGAUGUGGCCGGCGUUCUGGCUCAUGCCAAAGGGGGGGCAGUGCUGGCCCAUGGACGGCGAGAUCGACAUCGUCGAGUAUGUCGGGCAAACCCCCCAAACGAUCUACGCGUGCAAUGCAAAUCGACACUACGACCCGGACGUGUGCGGUCCCACCGGUGGCGCCAGGAGCGAUGGCUCGUUGUCCGAUGACUUCCACGUGUACUCUGUCGUGUGGACCCCGUCUUCCAUCGCGUGGUACAUGGACGGCCAAGAAUUCUACCGCCUGCCCCCCACGCGUGGUUGCCGCCGCCCGUCGUCGCUUUUUCUUCCGUCCAAGCCGUUCUACCUCAUUCUCAACUUUGCCGUGGGGGGGACGUGGCCAGGGGAGCCGACUGCCGCCACAACGUUUCCCCAGCGGAUGGUGGUGGACUACGUCAAAGUGUUCCAGCGUAAGCACGUCCCAUCGCAAAUGCCAAUCUUGUUGCACACGUGA